UUGUGAUCCUUCGGUAAUCCCAUUGGCCGUUGAUCCGACCAACGGGAAGUUCAUCAAUGCCACACGUGUCGUGUGCAAACCAAUGCAUUGGGUGGAGAAUAACACCCUCCUGAUGAUCGAGGCCGGAGUGCAAAGGUUGAGUUUUGAUUUGACAAGGAACCACAACAAUGAGAGUUCGGGAAAUAGUUCAAAGGUUUUGAUUUGUGUUAAUCUUGAUUUUCGAGAUUUCGAGAAUUUGCUUUUUUUCUUUGGAUUAAAUUGUUGGCGUAACAUUUGUGACACAAAGUCACCACAAGAGAAAUUAGGGGGGCCUGCAUCUCAGAGAACAGAUUUCGAAGAUUCAAUCUUGCAACCGCAUACUGUGGACGCGGACAUGGAGACUGACUUAUCG